UGCCGACCUUGUGCCGGGGCGGCGCCGCGGGGCCGGGACGCGCCGCAGCGGGUCGGGCCGCGCCGGGCCGGAGCGGAGGGAGCGGGCGCGGCCCCGCCGCGGCAGGAGAGGCGGCCAUGGCGGCGCCGUCCCCGCGCUAGGGGUGUCCCGGCCGCGCUCGGCCCGGCGGCCAGCAUGCGGGCCUGGAAGGCGGUGGCGGGCACGCUGGCGCUGAGCGGGGCCGACGUGGCGGUGACCACGCUGCUCUACGCCCACGGCCGCGGCGGCCGGGCCCUGCUGGAGGACCUGCGGCACUUCAACGUCUUCAACUCGCUGCUGGACGUCUGGGGCGGCUGCCUCUACCGCGGCUGCGUGCUGCUGGGGGCCGCCAUCGGCGUGGCCACCAACACGGCCUACGGCCCCCGGCGCCUGCGGGCCUCGCGGGCCUUCAUCGCCGUCGUCUGCCUCCUCAUGGGCAUCUACAUGCUGGUGAAGCUGCUGCUCUACGCCGAGGUGCGCCGGACCAUCAGGGACCCCUGGUUCUGGGGGCUGUUCGCCUGGACCUACGUGGCGCUGGCGGCCACGCUGGGCCUGUGGCAGCUGCUGGCCUCGGUGACGUCCUCCCGCGAGGCCCUGGGCUCCGAGUCGCGCGCCGAGGAGAGCUGCGAGGGCGGCUCGCCGCGGCAGAAGCGGGAGGAGGCGGCGGGUCCCACCAUCCACAAGCUGCUGGCCUACACCAAGCCGGACGCCUUCUUCCUGGGGGUCGCCUCCUUCUUCCUCCUCGUGGCCGCCCUGGGGGAGACCUUCCUGCCCUACUACACGGGGGUGGCCAUCGACGGCAUCGUGGUGCAGAAGAGCAUGGACCGCUUCUCCACCGCCGUGCUCAUCAUGUCGCUGCUGGCCAUCGGCAGCUCAUUUGCCGCAGGUAUCCGGGGCGGCGUUUUCACGCUCAUAUUCGCCAGGCUGAACCUUCGCCUCCGCAACUGCCUCUUCAGGUCGCUGGUGUCGCAGGAGAUGAGCUUCUUCGACGAGAAUCGCACAGGGGACGUCAUCUCCCGCCUGACGUCGGACACCACCAUCGUGAGCGACCUGGUGUCCCAGAACAUCAACAUCUUCCUGCGCAACGUGGUGAAGGCCACAGGGGUGAUCGUCUUCAUGUUCAGCCUCUCCUGGAAGCUCUCGCUCGUCACCUUCAUGGGCUUCCCCAUCAUCAUGCUGGUGUCCGACGUCUACGGCAAGUACUACAAGAAGCUCUCCAAGGAGGUGCAGAGCGCCCUGGCCAAGGCCAACAACACGGCCGAGGAGACCAUCUCGGCCAUGAAGACGGUGCGCAGCUUCGCGAACGAGGAGGCCGAGGCCGACGUGUACUGGCAGAAGCUGCAGCAGGUCUACAAGCUCAACAGGAGGGAGGCCCUGGCCUACACCUACUACGUGUGGUCCAGCGGGCUGACGCUCCUGGUGGUCCAAGUGAGCAUCCUCUACUACGGGGGACACCUGGUGAUCUCGGGGCAAAUGACGAGUGGAAACCUGAUAUCCUUCAUCAUCUAUGAGUUCGUCUUAGGAGACUGCAUGGAGUCCGUCGGCUCCGUCUACAGCGGGCUGAUGCAGGGGGUGGGAGCGGCCGAGAAGGUGUUCGAGUUCAUCGAUCGCCAGCCGACGAUGGUCAACGACGGCUCCCUGGCCCCGGACCACGUGGACGGGCAGGUGGAGUUCAGAAACGUCACCUUCUCCUACCGCACGCGCUCCGCGACCCAGGUGCUGCAGAACGUGUCCUUCACCCUGCGCCCCGGCCAAGUGACGGCGCUGGUUGGCCCUUCGGGGAGCGGGAAGAGCUCCUGCGUCAACAUCCUGGAGAACUUCUACCCGCUGCAAGACGGGCAGGUGCUGCUGGACGGGCACCCCAUCGCCGCCUACGACCACAAGUACCUGCACUCCGUGAUCUCUCUGGUGAGCCAGGAGCCGGUGCUGUUCGCCCGCUCCAUCGCCGACAACAUCUCCUACGGCUUGACGUCCGCCUCCUUCGAGUCGGUGGUGCAGGCCGCCCAGAAGGCCAACGCGCACGCCUUCAUCACCGAGCUGCAGGACGGCUACCAAACAGAGGCAGGCGAGAAAGGAGCGCAGCUCUCCGGCGGGCAGAAGCAGCGAGUGGCUAUCGCCAGGGCCCUCAUCCGAAACCCCCCCAUCCUCAUCCUGGACGAAGCCACGAGCGCGCUGGACGCCGAGAGCGAGCACGCGAUCCAGCAGGCCAUUUACGGCGACCUGCAGCACCACACGGUGCUCGUCAUCGCCCACAGGCUGAGCACGGUGGAGAAGGCGCACAACAUCGUCGUGCUGGACAAGGGCCGCGUGGUGCAGCAGGGCUCGCACAAGCAGCUCAUGGAGGAGGGCGGCCUUUACUGCAAGCUGGUGCAGAGACAGAUCCUGGGGCUGGAGGCGGGCGGCGCGGACGGCCGCCAGCCCGCGGCCCGGGGCGACCCCCGGAAGGCGCCCGGCGGGCGGGAGGAAGAGUUCAGGAUAGACCGUUCGCUGGCGGCCGCGGCGGCGGACGACUACAACGCCACGGCGCCCAAGUGAGAGCGGCGAGGGCUGGCGCUCGAGACGCUUGCUGGGACGCUGGGGCAGGAGGCGGCUUGCCGGCGGGCUCGCGCGCCCCGGGACGAGGCCGCUUGCUCCUCGCGCGCACAUGCACACACACACCCCCACUACCGAGCUUCCUGCCUACGGUCCGGCGGGCAGCUGCCUGCUGCUUCAACAGGGAACCAGAUUUAUUCAAGGGAGCUGGGUCGUUAGCAAUUCCCAGCGUUUCUACUGGGUUUCUUUUCUUACAGUCAGUAAUUCCUCUUGUCUGGGACUUUUCUCCCACUGAUAUGCAUGUGUAACUGCUCUUAACUGUUAUGGAUGUUAAAUGCAUGCGUGGAGGGGAAGGUCGAAAACCCCUUCAGGAAUUUCAGGAGGUGGCUUUGUGGCUGGAUAGGAGAGCAGUGACUAUAAAACAGGGUCCUGCUCCCGCUGUCAGGCUGCGGGGCCAAUCCAAAGCCUGCCGACGUCCGCGGGAGGCUCCCUCCGGCUUCGGCGGCAGCCGGAUCGCUCCCGUGGUGCCGAAGGCCGGGCGAGCGUUGCACUGAGUGCCUGCAGGCUCAGGCCCCCGACCACCGCUGCUGAGCUUGUGUCUUCCUCGCUGGGAGGAGCCGGGGACCGGGAGGCAGCCGUUGCUUUCAGAUUUGCUCUUGGUGCUUGGUGGGUGUUUGUUUUCCAGGAUGAAAAGUUUAACCACAAUUGUGUUAGGUUCCCCCCCCCCCCCCCUUAAUAUAUUUCUGUGUGCAUUAUGCAAUGUCUGUCUGGCUCUAGCAUCCACUGAAAGUUAGUCUGUUAUAUCAGUGUUUUUUUUAAACUCACAACCCCGGUGCUGGUUUGAAAAACUUUGUUAAAAACAGGCAUAACACUAAAAGACAGCACUUUAUAAAUCCCACCAAAGCUUCCUUCAGCUCCAGGCAAUGCUAGCAACUUCACUGCAUGGAAAAUCCGGACAGUCACUUAUUUUGAAGUCAGAUUUCAGCUGCUGGAACUUUAAAAUGUGUUUCUUUUAAUAUUAUUUAUUAAUUUAUUUUUAGUAAGAGGGAAGGAAAGAAAUACGUUGCUCCUCGUCUUUUUGGCAUAAUUGCUCUGGCUUAGUAGUGUUGUCCUGCCACAGACUGGUGCAGAAGCCUAUGCAGCCAGGCAGGUGCUAUUGAAAAAUAUGGGGAAUAUCGAUUUGGACUGCGCACAGUUGAGAAAUGACCUUAAGCACUUUAGCUCUCAUGUUUUCUGAUAUUUGAAUGCCACUGUGUUCUACUUUGGGGCAGUUUUGCAGUUUUGUUGUUGCAAUGUUUUGUUUUUGUUCAGUGACGUUUUACAAACUCUAGCCUCCUUGAGGAGGGAUGCUCUAAAAAUAAAAUACUACCUCUGCCACUC